AUGGCUGCCAGUGGAACACUCAAGAAAGCCCUGAGAAUUGGACUGAUCCCUGGGGAUGGAAUCGGAAAACUGGUGAUACCGGCCGCCAAGAGAGUACUUCAGGCAACACCAGGUGUACCCAAGUUAUCGUUCAUCGAUCUCGAGGCAGGCUUUGAACACUUCCUCAAGACUGGUGUCUCAUUGCCCAAGAAAACCGUCGACCGGCUACGAGGCGAGUGUGAUUCGGCCUUGUUCGGUGCCGUCUCAUCGCCCUCACACAAGGUCGAAGGAUACUCAUCGCCUAUUGUCAAAUUGCGCAAGGAACUUGAUCUCUACGCUAAUAUCCGGCCGAUCCAUUCGAUCGAUAAGAAACUCGAGAUCACCGUCGUACGGGAGAAUACCGAGUGUCUGUACGUCAAACAGGAAUCGAUCUCUUCUGAUGACCCUCAUUCGCCUGGCAAAGUCGCAAGGGCUAUCAGAAUUAUCUCUCAACGAGCCAGCGAACGGAUCGGUAAGAUGGCCGCCGAGGUCGCCCUCAAAGGAAUGGCAGUCAGAUCUCAAAUGGCAGAGUCCGAAAGGAUUUGGAAGGACAAGCCACUGGUGACCAUUGUCCACAAAUCGAACGUCCUGUCAGUUUCAGAUGGACUGUUUCGAGAAUCAGUCCGGUCCGUCUUCGAGGCCCCAGCGCACGAUCCGAGAUAUGACCAGAUCAAGGUGGACGAAGGGAUCGUUGAUAGUUUGAUUUACAACCUCUACCGGACUCCCCAACGAUUCAACGUGCUUGUUUGUCCCAACUUGUACGGGGAUAUUGUCUCUGAUGCCGGAGCAGCUCUUGUUGGAUCCUUAGGGCUCGUCCCAUCCGUCAACGCCGGAGACAAUUUCAUAAUGGGUGAGCCCGUACACGGCUCGGCGCCCGACAUUCUCGACCGACAACCACCGAUCGCCAAUCCAAUUGCCGCCAUCCGCUCGGCCGCACUCAUGCUCGAGUACCUCGGCUUCACCCAGCCCGCUGCAACGAUAUAUAACGCCGUCAACCACGUCCUCCAACAGGCCAACACUCUUACUCCCGACCUCGGUGGGAAAAGCUCAACGGACGAGGUCACCGAAGCUAUCAUCAAGCAAGUCCAGUGA